AUGAAGGAGGAUUCGAGGGCGCCGAAGCGAGCGCGACGCAGCGUCAGACUGAGCGGAUGGGCCCAGUCAUCCGACCGGGCGCAGACGCGUUCCACCGUGGUGGACAUAUCCCACCUGGACGGGGCAGUCUUGGGGCUCGUCUUGUCGAAACUACGUGAAGCGCAGGACAUCUGCAACGCAAUGCGCACGUGCAGGGCGAUGGCUGAAGCUGGUCGAUCGAGAAUGGUCUGGAGGGAGCUCAGCCUGAGGCUGGAGGAAGAGAAGACGCUGGACGAGAUGGAGGCCAGGCACGGGGGCGCCAGGGAGGCGUUCAAGCUGCUCGCGAGGGACCCUGUGAAGAGGUUCAGAUUCAUAAAGCGAAUCCCCACCCUGGGCCUGAACGCCUCGGACGACGACCUUUCGCCCGGGGAGAGACGCGCGGCCGUGCACGGGGGCUUCUCAUUCGUUCCGCCCACGGAGGGUCAGGCGGAAACCAAUCGCGCGGGCCUGGCGGACUACAACUCCUUCGGCGUCAGGGAGUUUGUGUUCCCUCGCGUGGGUAGGGACGAGAGACUUUGGCUGUGCGAGGACAGGCUGACGGGCGAGGCGAAGGCCGUGAAGGUGGUCAUGAUGGGCGACAAACCGAACGAGGGCUUACCCUGCAGGAAGUUGAGGGAGGUGGCCAACCUGCGUGCGCUGAGGAACGCGCCGGGAAUCGCGUCGCCCGAGAUGACGCUGACGACGACCGCCCCGCUCCCCCUGCCCCACUCUCCCGCGUACAGGCCGGGCGAGCCGAAGCUGCUCCUGGUGCACCACCACUUUCCGUGUAACAUGAGGGCGCAGUGGACGCGGAUGUGCGGGGAUCCCGGCGACGACGGAUACGCGGCGUCGUGCAGGCCCCCCCGGGCGUGGACGGAUCCGAACUCGGCGACGCUCACCCGGGAGCGGACGAGGACGGUGAUGCGACAGGUUCUGCGCGCCCUCGAGCACGCGCACUCGCGCGGCAUAUGCCACCGCAACCUCCACUCCGGCCACCUGCUGCUGGACCCCACGGCGGACGGGGGCGUCGGCCGGGUCGCCAUCGCGAGCUGGUCGUCGAGCCGCCGGCUCCAGACGCCACCCGCACCAGUUUCGCCGCUUCGAACGUGCACUGUGCCGUACAACGUGGCGCCCGAGGGACUUCUGCACCACGAGACGAUCGAGGACGAGUACGCGGACGAGAACCAACCCGACCUGGACGACGGGUACGGCGACGGAGAGACGUACGGACCGGAGGUUGACGUGUGGAGCGCCGGGUGCAUCUUCGCGGAGCUUCGCCUGGGACACUCCCUCUUCAACAAGUUCUCGUACGCUCAGGGCGCGAGGACGCUGGACCAGCUGCUGUCCAUAUUCAAAGUGUUUGGCACCCCGCGCGCCGCCACCUGGGACGACGUGGAUCACUUGGAGGGUUGGAGUGGGGACUCGUACCCACGCUGGAUGCCCCGGUCGCUUCUCGACGUGUUCCCCGACGGUUCCAUCGGGCCGCUCUCCGCCGACCUGCUCUGGCGCCUCAUGGCCCUCGACCCGAGAAAGAGGAUAACGGCCAGGCAGGCGCUGCGCCACCCUUACUUCACCGCACCCAUCGAUGCGGACGCGAGUGGGUUUGUCAGGGGAGCGAACCGAACCGCGCCCGGAGUCGUCCAUGCCGUGGCCCGAGGGACCAAGCGGCCCAUCCGAAAGAGGCGGGCGCGAGAGGGGACAAACGACGCCGACGACGACGCCGACGCAAACCGGGAACGGGCGAAGGAUCGCGGGCGGGAACGGGCCGAUGAUGAGGAGAAGGAAUGCAACGAGGAUGAGGAGGCGGACGCGGGGCGGUGGACGCGAGAGGUUGGGGCCGCGGCUGAGGCCGAGUCGCCCUCAGACAAGACCGACGCAGCAAUCCGAAAGGAACUCGUCAAGCUGGGUCUUCCUCUGGGUAGCUCCGUCGUCGGUCGGUACGUGAUCGACUUUACGAGCCCACUGACGAGACAACGGUGGGCGUUUGGAAUCAUCGUUGGCUACGACAAGGGGGAAAACAUGUACACAGUCGAGUGUGCCGAUACCCCUACGGUUCGCCUUUCCUUCACUGAGGAAGACGUGAUCCGGCAUUUGUUGAUAUGA